AUGGACCACCAACACAGCCUCAUGCCUCCUGCAGCAAUCCCAAGCACCACUUUUAAGAUUGGGCUGUGUCAGUUAUCGGUGACGGCGGAUAAAGAGAGGAAUAUUGCGCACGCUCGCAAAGCAAUUGAAGAGGCUGCUGCAAAAGGUGCCAAGCUUGUUAUGUUGCCUGAAAUAUGGAAUAGCCCGUAUUCGAAUGAUAGUUUCCCAGUUUAUGCUGAGGACAUAGAUGUAGGUGGUGAGGCGUCGCCUUCGACAGCCAUGCUCUCUGAAGUUGCUCGUCUUCUGAAGAUCACAAUUGUUGGUGGCUCUAUACCAGAACGUUCUGGGGAUCGACUGUAUAAUACAUGUUGUGUCUUUGAUAGUGAUGGAAAGUUGAAAGCCAAGCACCGGAAGAUACACCUUUUUGAUAUUGACAUUCCUGGGAAGAUCACUUUUAUAGAAUCAAAGACUCUAACGGCAGGGGAGAAUCCGACUAUUGUUGACACAGAUAACCAUUGGUGGGUCCUUGCAGAAGUUGGUCGUAUUGGUAUAGGAAUCUGCUAUGAUAUUCGUUUUCAGGAAUUGGCAAUGAUAUAUGCAGCAAGAGGUUUGUUUCUUCCUUCACUUGACCAGGCUGCGGAUAAUCAGCUAUAUGUGGCAACUUGUUCACCUGCUCGUGAUGUUGCAGCUGGUUAUGUGGCCUGGGGCCAUUCCACUCUUGUAGGACCUUUUGGAGAAGUUCUGGCAACAACUGAACAUGAGCAGGAUAUAAUUAUAGCAGAGAUUGACUAUUCACUACUUGAAUUGAGAAGGACAAACCUCCCCUUAACGAAGCAAAGAAGAGGUGAUCUUUACCAGCUGGUGGAUGUUCAGAGAAUGAAAAGUGAGUCUUAA